CUUUCACCAAGCGCGUUCUUUCUGGGUUUGACCUCCAGUCACACAAUGUACUGGCCAUUUGGCUCAAAACAACAGCAGAAUGAGACGGUUACCUCUCCAAAUGAAGAGCAAGUUCAAGCAGCACAUACAGAAGGUGUUCCAGCAUUGUCAGCUAUGGAACCCUCAGCACCGAAUUCUGAACUAACACUACACACCACAACGCCUGGCUUGCCUCCUCCCCGUCUCGAAUCGCUCAGCUCACCUUCGGAUCAGGUGUACCCCACGUCAUUCUCUGGUUUCUUUUGGGAAAUGCUCGGCCUUUCCUCUCCAAACGUUGGAGAGGGUCCGUACUCCUAUGCGACUUCGUCAAAUCGUGAACUCUCCCAAGCGUUUAACGAAUAUGAAGGGUUGGACGACGAAGAGCCCACAGUCACGUUGCCGGACGUCCUGGCUGAAGCUGCACCGAUACCCCCAUCUGUUACUAAUAUGCCUGCAUCUGCCAGCACCAUGGUUCUAUCACAGUCUGCACCUGAUCAAUCAAGCGUGAAAGCGCCAGUAUCCGGGAUGCGAUUAUCCCUUGACUCAUUAUUCAGACGGCGGAGUUCCUUGAUCAGUCCUGCACCACUGGGAGAUGAAGGAAGUAAGGUCACGGAGGACCCCCCGUCGCCGAUAUCACCUUUCGAGGAAAUUUCUCGUCCUCCUAUUGCUCUCAUAGGGCGCAAAGAUGACAUUCAGACCGUUUUGGACCACAAUAUGGCUGAACAGCUUCGUCUACAUCUACCGCCAAUACUACGAGAAGCACCCAGUUGGAUAUUGGUGUAUAGCAUGGAACAACACGGAAUCAGUCUAAAUACGUUGUAUAAGCGUAGUGAAGGUCAGGACGCGGCAUUGUUGGCGAUUCGAGAUGGCUCGGGGGGGAUCUUUGGCGCAUUCGGGAGCGAAGCUUUGAAUGUGCAUGCAGGUUACUAUGGUACUGGAGCAUGCUUCCUGUGGAAAUUGCUCGAUGGUGGAGACAUUAAGGUGUUCCCGGCCACUGGGCAUAAUGAUUACUUAAUGCUGAGUGAGCCUCACUUCAUUGCAUUUGGUGGAGGGGAAGGUCACUUUGGCCUAUGGAUCGAUGACGAACUCUACAAUGGCCAUAGUGGACCCUGCCAGACUUUUGAUAACGAGAAGCUGUCGACCACAUCAGAAUUCGAGAUCGUCGGUCUGGAGGUGUGGACUUUCAAAAUGUGAUAGAUUGCGAGGCGGGCACAUGGCAUCCGGUCAAUAUUCCAGAACAGUUUGCUAGGAUGGUGAAUUCCUCCUAGCUCAUUAUCUAUAUAUAUAUAUUUUUGCUCCCUUGAGGGAUUGUAAAUACGCAUAUUUCUAAGCAUAGCAUCCUUCACGUUGGGGUUUUCUUCGGCCUGCUC